AUGGUGUUCAUGGCGCCCCCUGCCGGCCGCUACGACCUCGUGCUGCACCUCAUGAGCUCAACAUGGGUCGGGGCGGACCUGGCCAUGCCCGCAAAGCUGCGCGUCGCGACGCUCACACGGGCGGUGGCGGAGGGCCGCGACCCCAAGGCCAAUGAGCGGAAGCGCUUUGACAGCGACAGCGACGACGACGGCGAAGACCGCCACAGCGCCGCCAGCGGCAGCGAGGAGGAGGGCAGCGACGAGGAGGGCAGCGGCGACGACUACGACAGCGAGGAGACGGGGGAGCUGGAGAGCAGCGACGGGGGCGAGGACGGGGAUGCUGACGAGGACGCUGACGAGGACGGCGGCGACGGCGGCAAGGCGGGGGCGGCGGCGGGCAAGAAGGAUAAAUAA